AUGAACCAAAACAGAUCAUCAUCGUCACCGUCAUCACGUCUCUCGAGCUGCAACUUGCUUGGUCGGCCUAAGCCAACUUCACAAUCCUCAACACUACCUAUUACAACAUGCCGCCAUACGCGGCAAGAAAUGAAAGAAGCAGAAGAUAUUCUUGCAUCGGAACUGACGAAACUGAGUUUGCAAGAAAGAACCGAGGCCCUGCACGAUAUUCACUGUGUCGGACAAGACCUGAAGGAAACCCCAGAACUUGUGCAAGAGUUACUUGCGCAAUUCGAUCAAACAGUCAAACAGCAACAACAGCAUGAACAAACCUAUGAAAUGAUUGAAAAGAGCCACCAGAGAGCAUACAUCGAAGACCCUUCCUUUCGCUUAAAGUUUCUUAGAUCAAACAAGCAUAACGUUGACAAAGCUGUUAGCCAGAUGCUACACUUCCUUCGAAACAAGAUCAAGUACUUUGGCAAUGGCUGCAUUGGUCGUGAAAUCACUUUUGAUGACUUGAAUGAGGAGGACCGAGAACUGUUAUUGUCCGGAAUCUACCACAUACAAAAGGAUAAAGAUCAAAGUGGUAGAUCAGUUAUGUACAUGUUGACAGAGCUGAUUGGGGGCGAUAGAGAAGAAAGUCUGUGCCGAGUGGCCUACUAUGUCUACUUCAACAUUCUAAUUUCGAUUUUCGAAGUGCAGAUGAAAGGGCUUGUAUUCGUGUUUUACGACAUUUCGAAAGCAGAUGAGCUGCCUGUAAUUCCUGGACUCAACUUGACAAUGGCAAUCAUGGAUAUGAUCACAAGCCUUCCCAUCCGCUUCACAGCGGUGCACUUUUGCCUAAAGGCACGUCCAGAAAAGCUUGACCUCUUCAAUUCGUUAUUCAAGUUGGUAUUUAAGUUGUCUUCGCAUGAUUGUAAGGUGAGAUCGCGUCUACAUUAUGGCAGUGAUAUUGAAUUGCAGUAUCAGCUCCGGAGUCACGGCAUCAACACCGAUUCCAGCCCCAUCGAUGCAGAGGGCUCGCUUCGCGAGGACAAUCGAAAUGAUUGGCUCCACGAGCACCUUGAUACGGAACGGAGAAGUGCCAUCAGGAGUAAUCCGAGCGGAAAAAAAACACCUUUUGUGGAACCAGAUGUCAAUGCUGUUACGUCGUAUGAUUCAUUGAUAUCGGGAUCCGAAGCGACUAGUUUUGAAACCUUGCAUCAUUCAGUCGUUCAAGGCGCAGAAGAGUCGCAUGUUAGCAAUGCUGCUCAUGGACCCACCAGUGAAUCAAGAGUGUCUAGCGUGGUUGCUGGAGCACAUGAAAAGCAGCAAAAAUCAGAGAGUAAUAUUGAGAAUGCACCCGUCACUCCUACUGACGGCGAUAUUUUCCUCGGACGAGGCCACUUGAUCCGAUGCAAUCCAGGGAAUAUCCGCUUCCGAAAGCUGGUCGCAAAAUACAAGGGUGAGUACGACAUCGCUCCUCGGCGUAGGAGAAAGGAGAUCAUUUCUGAGGUCUGCAGUGUCCUUACGUCUGAAGGUGAGCGGUUUCUGAAGCAAAUAGAUACUGGUGUAUGGGUGAAUUGCAGUGAUCAUGAGAUCCAAAAGAAGAUAUCGAUGUUGUUCCGAGAGUUUCGUAAAACAAAAUGA